UUGUCACAAAUUUCCAGUUGCUCAUUGUCAACAAACCAACGAAACGCGUACAAUUUAGCUUAUUUUUUUAAAAUUCACCACACCAAAUCGCGAAAAGUUCCGGGCCAAUUUUGCCCAACGGCAACGGGAUUGGUUGUCUACAGCACGGUGCAAAUCAUCGCAGACCAGCUCGAAACUGGUUGCUCAUUGCUAGCCGCUGCGCGUGCCUGGGGCCCAAAGUCGUCGUUGAACAAAAAUGCCAAACAAGUACGAGAUUAAGGAAGAGCUGGAUAACAGUGGACUGCUCGAACUGAUGGAGCGCAACGGUUCCCCGGAGAUGUGGGAAUCGAAGGGAGAAUUCACACCACCGUCGUGGAUGAAGGGCCUUACGCAGGACGAUAUUAAUGCGAUGUAUCAGCUAGGGGCCUUAUCGAAGAACGGAUUGCUGGCGGAAAUAAAGAAAAUAUUCGACCAAGCGUACAACAUUGGACUGCAGGAGGCGAAGGAGAUCACGAAGGGCAAAAAUUUGGAAAUUUUCUCCAACCUGACGCGACGGAAGUGAGCGAAACACGUUCUUAGUCGCAUCUAUCUUUUACACACACUUCAAAUGAUAAGUCAAUAAGGUUGUUUUAGAGUAUAUAUUCCUAUUUGCGCGAGGAAAUGAAUAAAGUAAGCCUUCUACUACAAA